AAACGUCAUUUGCAGGGCUGUCACAACAGAGAACAGAGAAAAAAAGUUAGGUGCUGUAUUUUCCAAGCGUGUGUUUUUGCAGUUUGUGAACAAGUUUUCCAGCCAAAAGCCAGCUUGCAUCUUGAUUUUGCGGCUUGGUUUCGUUUCUUUUGCAUCUAUACCGCGGCAAACAUUCAGAAAAGCGUUCAAAAUGGCUAUGUCAAAAACUACAAACACGUACAAUCGACAAAACUGGGAAGAUUCGGAAUUCCCAAUACUUUGUCAAACAUGCCUUGGCGAUAAUCCAUACGUUCGCAUGAUAAAAGAACGCUAUGGCAAGGAAUGCAAAAUCUGCACACGCCCCUUUACCAUAUUUCGCUGGUGUCCCGGUGCGAGAAUGCGGUUCAAGAAGACAGAAAUCUGCCAAACGUGCAGCAAGCUGAAAAACGUUUGUCAGACAUGCCUGUUGGAUCUGGAGUACGGUUUGCCAACACAGGUUCGAGACGCUGCGCUGAAGAUUCAGGACAAAAUUCCCGAAAGCGACGUGAACAAGGAAUUCUACAUACAAAACAUUGAGUCACAGCUAAAGGCGGGUGAUGAUAAUACCGUUGCCGCUGGCACGGUGGGCAAAUCGCUGGCGGCAAGCGAUAUGCUGGCAAAGCUGGCACGCACUGCACCAUACUACAAGCGUAAUCUACCUCACAUCUGCUCGUUCUGGGUGAAGGGAGAAUGUAAACGUGGUGAGGAGUGUCCGUACCGGCACGACAAACCCGUCGAACCGGACGAUCCAUUGUCGGAGCAGAACAUUCGUGAUCGAUACUACGGACGCAACGAUCCGGUUGCGGACAAGCUGAUGAAACGGGCUGCCUCGAUACCGACGUUGGAACCGCCGGAAGACAAAACCAUCACCACACUGUACGUAGGCAACUUGGGCGAGCACCUAACCGAGGUUGACAUACGGGACAAUUUCUACCAUUACGGCGAAAUUCGUUCUGUGUCGCUCGUUCCGAGACAGCAAUGUGCGUUCGUGCAGUACACCAAACGAGCCGCUGCGGAGCUGGCCGCUGAAAAAACGUUCAACAAGCUUGUGCUUGGUGGGAAGAAGCUGACAAUCAAGUGGGCACACUCGCAGGCCAAAUCAACGGCCUAUGCACAGAACUCCACUCCGCGUGGUGCUGGUGGUGGUAACCGAAUAUUUGAUCCCGUACCCGGACUUCCAGGACAGCUACCCAUGCCACCAAAUCCAACGGACUACUUUAAUCUGCAGGCUUCGGAAAUGGCCGUGUUACCACCGGGAAUGAAGAUACAUCAGUUGCCGCCGGGACUGAUUCCCGGUGCGCCAAGUUAUGCUUCAAUGUAUCAGCAAGCUGCUGGAGGUUCCUCUGCGGCGGGAGCUGGUGCAAGCGCCAGUGAAGCAGGAACCAGCAGUAGCAGCGGUGCUGGAGGAGGCUCUGGCCAUUCCAUGAUGCCACCGGCAAUGCAUCAGCAACAAUUGCAUUAUCCAAGUCAGGAUCCGGCGCGGUUAGGAGCAUUGAAAAAGUAGCAAAAGUCACUGCAAUAAUGUGAUCAUACAGCGAGUUCAUGUAUCAUAAACAUUUAAUAAACUUUACCGACAUCAGACAAACUUUGGAAGCGA